UGUUUGUUACUCUCUUGUAACACCUCUGUUGCAAGUGCCGUAAAACAUUUACUAAAACUAAACUAAAAUCUGUAGUGUAUAAGACGUAGAGUCUAUCUAUUCUCCACAGUAGAGGUACACCCAGAGCAACGUAGGUGGACAAUCGUAACAGACGGGACUGGGGAAAGACCAAUAUAAUAAUACUAUAGGUUUGUUUGCUGUGGUUUUAGAGCGUUCGACCAAAGACCGUGUAGUAGAGAAUCUUUGGGCGAACCAUGAUCGCCGAUGUCUGUUUCAGAUCUGGUACUCCGUGAAGAUGAUGAUGAUGAUCGUGAUUGUGCACCAACGCCCAGAGACGCUACCGUAGUGAUUUCUGUUAAGGGACAGCUUUUGUGGUGUAUAUCUCAAUGCUGGACGCAGAGUGAAUGAGCAGGCGCUACACUGAGUCCCCAACACUGGACAACCCAGAAAAUUCACAUGACCUCCAAGUCCCACGAGGAAGGAAAGCUGAGAUCUUGAGAGUUGUAGUAUACAGUUUCGUGAGUUAAGGUUCUGGAUUUUGCCUCAUCGUCUCGGGAGAAGUGUAUACUACAAGACAGGUCAUCUCAUAAAAAGGAUGGUCUCAAGUGGUCUUAAUUACUUGGAUUCAACGUCUUUGUUUUCUUACUGCAUCCAGUAAUUUGCUGUGAAACUGCAGUGUCUAUCCAAGAUUUUAUUUGCAGUACACCGUCUACCUUGAGCGUCAUCGAGAGCAUUAUCUUUCCGUCAUUUUAAUUCGUAAAAAAGGACCAAUAUUGAAUUUUAGCAAGGAAAACGUAUUCUCGAGGUAUAUAAAUUAUCGUGACUUGGGCCGUAAGGUUUUAGCCAUUGUGAAGUUAAAGUACACACAUAUGUUGAUAUUGUGCCUUUGCAAGCUUCCUUUUUAGCCAGUUUGCGGCCCGUUUCUUGUCAAACUCCAAUCAGCUCUUUAAGCGCUGCGUCACGAUUUCUGCGUUGGCUGCCAAUCAGCGAGCGUGACGCGUCAGUCGUAUUUCUAGUGUCCACUGCAGACGACUUGUUUUGCGCAGAAAACGGCCUUCCUUUGUCCACGUCAUCGGCGAGAUUAAGAGGCAAGCUUCACUACAAACCCACGCAUGUUUUAAGGGUCUUUUAUCAGUUGGUGUCCAUGUGGCUGUGCAGUGUCAUUGCUGCUAAAUAUUUGUUAUUCUUUUAGCCUUCCCAUUUAUUCUUUUCCCUCUACCUCGAAAAGGGGAAGCGUAGAAGUUUUAGUAUUCUAAGUGGUAUUGAUAAUUCGUGUUUGAUCCUAAAAACGUACAACAGAAAACAAUUUUGUGAAAAGGAAAAAGGAAAAGUUAUUAUAGUAGGUAGGCUGUGGUGAGGUCAUCGAAGGGUGACGUCAUGUUCUGAGGAAAUUCCCGAUUAGCAGAGCGGAGAAGGUCAAGGAUGGAGGAAGGGGAGAGGAGCCCAGUCGUUGCCCAGCGGCCUAACGGUCAGGCAGGGGCUGGCGUUUGGAAGGAACCGGCGUCUAGUAAGUCACCAGCCUCAGCAGCAUCAACUACAACACCUUCCGCAUCAGCAGCAUCAUCGUCACCACCGUCUGCUGGACGUGGUGGUGCUGCCCGUGGUGGUGCUGCCCGUGGUGGUGCUGCCCGUGGUGGUGGUGGGGCCUCGGCCUCCGGUGGCUUUGCCGGUCUCGCCAAGAUGUUGGGCUCUAAAGCCAAAGAAGCCAAAGCUGCGACUGCCAGUGCCCACAGUCUGACGGACCAGUCAAAUGGCAUUGAUAGUAAGCCCCAAGAGCCCCGAGAACAGAGGUCGAAAUGGCUGAAGACGGCGACCAUGAUGGGCUGGCAAAGCUUCAACUCUGAUGUGUCCAAUCAGACGUCGGCCUCCAGCGCCAGCUUGGAGAUGCUGCUACAAGAACGCCAGAUGGACCCGGAGCAGAUGUUGAUGAACUUGGGUUUUGGCGGGCAGGCUCCGGCCUAUGUCCCUUCCUUAGCGCGGGUUCCAGAGCGCUUCCUGAGCCACCCGUCCCGGGCGUAUGGCAUUGACGUACAGAGCUCUACAGAAGACGGGGAGGGAGACGACCAGGGAGACGGAGGAGGAGGAGGAGGUGGUGGUGAGGAAGCGGCAAGACCAGGUACCCCCUCCGGAGGAGUAAACACAAGUGGAGGGGGAGGCGGAGGAGGUGCAACGACUGUGGCGAAAAAACGGACAGGCAUCUGGACUCUGGCUCGGACGUUGUCGAUGCUGAGGAUGAGGUCAUCCAACCCUCUGGGUCACGUGAGCCCGUCCCGGUCCCCCUCGGGCACGCCCCCUCACAUCAACAGCAUCCUGCACCCAGCCAAUCAGCGGGCGCUGGCCAGUAGAGGGUACUACAUUCAGCAGGGGUGGCCCAGGGGUACCUUUGAGGAAGCAGAUGAGCUGGCCCAGGAAGAGAGCGACUCCUCCAAAGACGCGGCGUCCAAGCGGAAAAUGUUCCAGAAAGCGCGCUCUCGCCGCAACUGGAGCCUCUGCGACUCGGGCGAGAACGAGGCCGGCGAAGGCGGUGGAGGCGGAGGUCACGCCGGCGGUGGCGGCGCGUUGCCGCGCGGCAGUGACUCGUCCUGGGUGACCAAAUCCUUGGACGACCUGCUGAGCGGCGACGAGAUGGCGCGGAGGGAUGACUCCUUGGCCCGCGACGACUCUCUCGGCCGCACCGCCUACUUCAGCACGACCACCGAGUCGUCCACGGACAGUCUCGACGCGCCUAACUCGGACACAGAGAAGGCGUUCGAAGAAAUCCGGAAACAGUAUAAGGAGAGCCAGAGGAAAGAGCGGGAGAGGUCUUCGUCUGAGGAUCUGUUUCUGCCGCGUAGGAAGAAGCGGUUGUCCAGCGACCUGGCGGACCAGGACCAGGCGAACACUUCUGCUCACGGGACUGACCUGCUGAGUGCCGGUGACUUUAGCAGUAAUAAUUACUUUAUCUCGCCUGCCAGUUCCCGGCAGGCCACCGUGGAGAAAGCGCCCACUCUUCACGAUCAAUCAAGUAUUGUUGUAAACGACCCGGACGAUUUUUGUGAUAAUAGGGUUAACGAUAAUGACAGUAAUAAUAACAGUAGGAGCGGGGGCGGCUCAAAGGUGAGAUGGGGCGCCGGCUCCGACGAGAGGGGUUCUUGCGAGAGCUCUAAUUCCGAUGACGUCAUGGCGGUCAAGCGUCGCACCAACAGCGUGCAGACGUACGGCGGCGACGGGCUCCACGCGAACGACGUGCGGAUCAUUGUGUCCGGGACGGAGUUACCGUCCUCCGAGUGGCCCGGUCCGGCUGACGGAACAGCCGGCGGCGUGGGGCGGAAGUCCGCCAGCCACCUGACCGUGUCGGGUGCGCAGAGGGCCUCGUCCGACUCCGGCUCGAGCAGCAGCGGGGGCACGGCGGUGGGCAGCAGCAGCGUUGCCACGGCAACCGACGACGCAGACACGCUGCGGUUUAGCGAGUCCGAGAACAGCGUCACCGACCGCGACUCCAUCUCGCGGACCAACAGCCCGUGCCCCUCGCAGGCGGACCGAGUCCACAGGAGACCGCCAACCUCCUCGGUGGCGUGCCAGGCCUCGGAGAGCGACCUUGACACCGCCUACCUGUACGCCAACUCCUACUUCAAAGUGCUCUCGAGCAGCGCCUCCAGGUCGCGGAGCUCUAGCGGGGCUGAGAAGGGGAAUAUCGCCAGGUUGGAUGUGUACACUGGAAGAUCUCGCAGUGGAAGUGGUCGGAAUGCUGCUCCUGACACAGACCCGAAAGGCCAGGUUCAACUGUGCCCUCUACCGCCACAUAUCAACCCAGUGGAGUUGAUGAAGAGACUGCACCACUCUCAAGAAGGGUUAUCUCGCAUGGGCAGUGUCCAGUCUGACAGCAGCGGUUUUGGCGACGCCGACCCCUCGGCAGAAGCCAAUAGUAACCAGGAGAGUGACCAGGCCAAGAUGGGGCUGAUGGGCUCCAGCACAGAGAGUGGAGGGACACUGGCCAGUAGCUCCCACACGGCCGUCUACACCGGAGGGGCGGACAAAGGAGAAAUAGCCACACAAACAUCUGUCGACCUGGACAUGAUCAGCCAAAGUGUCGCAGGGGCAGCGAAAGAUAGCCCACGUCCAGUAGCCAAAACUCAGACAAGUGAAGACGACUCUAACAAACCAGCACGCUACGUGAGCAUGUGUUACAUUCCCCCGCUCAACACCCAACCUGUGGAUGACCUUGGAUUGCGGUACAGGAUCCGGCCGGGUGCCGAGACCCACGACGAGCCCUCUGGGACACAGUUCAGGAGGGCUCGGGGGUUCAGUGUACCGAACACGGGCUACUUUGUAGAUGAGGCUGAUACUGUCGCUUACCUCCAGGCCAGAAAUAACAAGGCUGCUUACCCUGCUGAGCCCUCUUUGGCCUUUGAGCAUGCAGUGACAGUGUACGACCCAAGACUUCCUACUUACAAUGCUGCUAAUGCUGCGGAAUUCAGACGCGCUCAGAAUGUCAACAAUUCUUAUUUUAAAAACCAAGAUGGUAUUUCUCGGCCCCAGGGCUCUCGUCAGCCGCAUGGAGGCCAGGCCCAGAGCAAAAGUGAUCAAGGAUAUCUGCCUAGAGCUGAUGACUCGAAUAAGAUUUUUACUUCCCCGUUAUAUAGCCACCAAAUACACCCGGGAGCUUCACGGCAUAUUUCUCAAGUGUCCUAUCGUGUUCGACCUGUCCGCAUGCGGAGUACAAGUGGACUGUCUGACGACGGUCUGGACCGAGACACAAGAAAUGACGUUCCUCUGUCCGAGGAGCUUGCUCAAGCAACAAACGCAAAGCAAAAAGAUAUUCCCGGAUUGUCACAGACUCCAAAAACAUCCCCCUCCGCCUCCGGGCACACACCUUCCACCAGCUCAACCACACAAAUCAGCACCAUCAACAUCCCUCCCAGCCCGCUGGUUCAACGCACCACUGUUACCAUGACCACAACGCCAAAAAGAUACAAGGGAGUCGAGGGGUUCAAUUUCCCGCCUCUCGCGGGUAACCUUUCUGGAUUUGAAUCCAACAGCCGCCAGCAACAGCAUAGCACACCCCGUGAUCCCCCGACCACCUCUCGGCAGAAGUCGUGUGAUAUACUGGAAGAUGAUUCACUCUUUGGAGUCCAGAUAGACGGGAGCUUCCCACUUCAGAAUCGACAGAACGCGUUGCACGGUAGCAACCAGGGGCGUGCGUACGUCCAACAUCCGGCUGUUUUCAGAGAUGGACAAAGGGGGAGAGGAGGUUCCUCCGAGGAUUUCUCUCAAUGGCAGCACGUGCCGCACUGGUUUAAUCAGAACGCCGGUGCUGGGUACGCUUACUCUCUGCCCCCCAGUGCGCUCUCAAGAACAUCCGAUGAUCUCGAUACUCUGUCAUCGAUGGCUGAGACCAGCUCUGAUUUCUCAAUCCAAUCCUCCCCUGAAGGUCACACAAAGACGGGAGUUUUGGAUGCCCGCAAACUGGCCAGAAUGAUCAAUCAGCCGAUGUACUUCAAGGGAAAGAGACGGGCAGGUGCUCAUUACCGCCCGCGACGAGUGUUCAAAGAGUGGUCAGUGCUGGGCAAGAGAAAGCGACUGCAAGAGGAGAAUCGUCUGCUGCAGUAUUCACUACAAAAGUACAAGACUGAGCUGAGCAUUAUGGAGACGUCGUUCAUGGUGGAUUAUCAGGCUGCUUAUGAUGACAUGACAGAGGAGGAGAGAGAGGAGGUUGAGGAGAUGGAGUGGCUGUACGGCGAGGUCAAAGGUCAGAUCAUGGAGAUGGAACACCUGCUCCUGGCUCGGGUCAAGUCGGUGCACGCCGGGAACGACUUCCACUCCCUCAUGUCCAGCAUCGGGGUCAUCAACAAGAUGAUAGACCUGAUCAAGGAGCAGCUGUACCAGCAACAGUUGUCCAACACACGGCCCGAUGGCGAGGACAACGGUGAGGACGAGAUGGAGGACUACGAGGAUGACCCUUACCUCCUGGAGAGGGACGGCAGACACGGUCGCUCGGCUUACCUCCCCUCACACGGAUGGAUGCCGAGGGGCGGGAUGACACGACGGUUCCAGAGUUCAUCAACGUCCAACUUACCGAAGGAUUUGAAUGUGAGCCUCGAACAAAUCAAGAGCUCUCUUCUAUCCGAAGUUCAGAAUGAGAUCAGAGCGAGCACUCGCAGGCUUGAAGCAGAUCUGCAGGACAAAGAUCGAGAGAUCCAGCUGCUGAAACAACAACUUGACUCGUCCACCCCAACCGGACCGGCCAAACCGAGGUGGACACCCAAGUCGACCCCAGCAAGGCCACGGUCAAGGUCACACGGGCAAGGCUCAACUUCGUCUUCUUCGUCCGGGACCCACCCAAAACCUCGUGUGAUCGGAGACAGAAUCGUUCAGGAGACAGAUGUAUGACACCCCCCACCCCCUCCCCUUCUCCCCAAGCCCCCUUACUUUUUUUUUCCUGUUGUGGUCCAAGCAGCAGUUUGUCUUUCUUCCGGUCCUUCGUUGACUCCACCGCCAUCAUCCCAGUUUGUGGUACGCUUCAUUCCUUCAUUCCUCCACUUCCAAACCAAAGCAAUAUAUCAGUAUCUGCUCUCUGGCAGUGCACUGUCUUCCUUUCUUUUUCAUACAAAGUGAGAGAAUACAUCUCUCUAUCUCUCCUCCUCCUCCUUUUCUUUGUGUGUUGCUCUUUUGUAACACCCCUCUAAUCUGUGGCACUUGUGUGACCUAUUUGUGUUAAAAGUGCUGUAACUUAACGCUCAUACUAAAACUUAUUAAGUGAAAGGUAAGGGUGAGGACCUAGCAUUCAAGUAUGUCUUGUUUUUACUUCACACAGGCACUCAGGUUACGGCCAAUAGACAGACCGGAGGAUAAUUGUGUAUUUUAUUUGACUUUUGGAAAGGAGAAAUAUUUAGUGUGGGUAUCUUAUGAAAACACAGUUGAGCAAUGCAUAUUUCCAAACUGUUAUCAAAGUUUUUUCAGGGCUUGUCCAAGUCUAUCCGCACCCUUCAUAAUGUAAAGUGGAGCAGAUGGUAUGAAAUCAGCCCUUGGAUACAAUUCAAAUAUAUGUGCUCUGUAAAACAAACAGAUUUUUAGAAGUAAUGGGAACAAAUUGCUAGUAUACAUUAUAUUAGACACAUCCUGUGUUCUGUGAUGAAACGUUCAUCCUCAAAGACUGUCUUUCUUACAUUCUGCAGUCUCUGCUUAUUUCUGGCAUCUUGUGGACAAAAACAUUUCUCUCCACAUACAUGGAAGAAUGCAUGCCUUUUCCAUUGAAACAUUUGAGGUUUUUAUGAACCACACACACACACACACACACACACACACACACACACAUACACACAUACAUACACACACACA